CGUGGAUCUAGUGCAAAAGAGACGACAAGUGGUACUAAAGGUAGACAGUCAUAGACAAACAUCACAGAGUGAAAAUUAGAAGCUGCCCACUUGGAAUUUUGAAAGUUGAACAGUGUCGUUUGAAGUGGGGUGACAACUGCCAUGGCUUUGUGCUACGAUGUGCAUUUUUCUAUAAACGACUUUUAUUCCUGGUGGAAUGUACCCGCCGCAAUGGAUGUGUAGGAAAACACGUAUUAACAGUAAUGCAACUUGGAAAAGAAAAUUAAAUCAAGCACACUUUUGUUUUUGCAUUGCAAGAAAGUUACAUGAAGAAGUUUCUUUGGCUCAUAUGUUUUAUACGUAUUUACCUGAUUUGAAAUAGCGCUUGUGCAGAUCUAGCGCACUUUUAAAUGAUGUAUUCCAUGGUUAGAGCUGUAGGGACGAAGGGACAGUGUGUUGAUAGGCGCGGAAGCACAAGCACUGAAACCUUCCUGAUUUGCUUUGCAAAAGUUAUUUUAAAGUGCACCCUAUUUGCCGCUGGCUGGCAUGGCAACAAUGAAGAAAGUCUAUAAAUUCGCAUCGAUUCUACACCCUUAAGUUCCCUGAAUUUAUAGGUUGCUGCUAACACACGUAAUCAAACAGGGAUCUUCUAUGGAAUAAGUUUGAAGCCAGUCGGGUUGCCAAAAUGUGCUUUUUCACGCACUUGUGGAGGAUGCUGCAGAUAUAUACAGCGACGAUUCUCACAAUUGUUACCGUUUCCCAGGAGUUUGAGAGUCGAGAGCUUUCUGACAGCAUGAAGAGCCCUUCAUCCUUCCCUGUGAACCUGCCUGUCAGCUACCAGAUCACCAAUGCCAAUUCUUUUUUUUUCCUCAAGGAAAUCAGUCAGGAUAUCAUGAGGAACUCUAGCAUGCAGAUCCACACAGAGCCCUUUGUGAUACUCAAGACCAGUCAGCCACCUGUCAUCAGUGCCAGCUAUGGACCCCUGUCUGUGGAACAAACUGUCCCUCUCCACUUCAUGCAGACUGCAGACCUGUUCCGCACCUCCACCAAGUUCACCUUCGAUUGGAAGAUCCAGUCGUACAUCCUUACCCAGAAGGUGUAUUCUUCCACGCCGAAAAUGCGGAUUUUAUUUUAUAUCUCGGGAAGAGACUGGGAGGCCCAAGGCACUGAAGGUGCCAUGGAUGACUUGCCUUGUGUCAUUGUUUAUGCCUUUUGGCAGACCCAAGAGGUCCGAAGUUCUUGUUCAAUUAAAGGGGACCUUGGGAUCUGUGUGGCAGAACUGGAGCCUGUUUUAUCCUGGUUUAGUCCAGCAAGUGAGACGACAACUCGGGAAAGACCUGAUCAGUCAGAAGGGAAUUCAGUGGAGCUUUAUUAUACAGCACGGCCCAAUGCAAACGGAGGGUGUAGCAGUGAAGAUGUUAAAAAAUGGGGCAGAACAGAGCAAUAUGAGUCGGACGAUGGCUCCGUUACUCCUAUGCAGAGGAUUGGCAGUGUUCGUCUCUUUCAAGUGCCUCAGAGUGAAGCUUACCUCACCCAGCUCAAGCUUGGUGAAGCCAUUGUUAUACAGACAUCUUCAAAGCCCCUUAAAAAGACCGAUAUCGCUACUUUUUCUGUCUUUGUGUCUAGUGGAUCUGCUGUAGACAAAUUCAUAUUGAGAGCAGUGAUAAAGAAGAAUGUCUCCUUCCUUAAUGCCAGACCCAGCAACUCUGUCUUGUGGGAAAUUAACCUUCAGAAAGAAGAACCAGAAAACGAUGGGACCAUCACUAUGCUUUGUCAAAAGAAGUCAGAUGUUUCAAGAAAAAGGCCUGAGGACAGUCUGGUGGAGAUCCUGCAGCUGGACUUUGAAGCUGAAGAACUGAGCGGCCAUGCAGAGAGCCAGGGGGUGACAUGGCAGCUGGAGUACCCUGGAUCAGCAAAGCCCGUAGAUGAAGGGGUGAUGCCAAUCUACACCACUCGGAGGGACUUUGUAGGACUGGCUCCCCUCGUCAUGGACACAGAGAUCCUGAACACAGCAGUGCUAACGGGGAAGAAGGUGAUGGUUCCAGUCAGAGUUGUGGCCGUGGAAGAAGACAGCUCAGCGACAGACGUGUCUGACUUCGCUGACUGCAGGUCCUCAGAUGAUGAUGUGCUGAAGGUGUCUGACAGGUGUGACUAUGUCUUUGUGAACGGGAAGGAGAUGAGGGGGAAGGUGAGGAUUACAGUGAACUUCUUCUAUGGCUACCUCAGCGCCCAGCUGGAAAUGACUGUCUGGAUCCCACGCCUCCCCCUGCAGAUAGAGGUGUCUGACACUGAGCUCAGUCAGAUCAAAGGCUGGAGGGUGCCCAUCUCCACCAGCAAAAGGCCGAGCUGGGAGAGUGAUGAGGAGGAAGAGGACCGUAAAGGAAGAGGCUGCAUGCUACAGUACCAGCAUGCACUGGUGCGAGUGUUCACACACUUUGUGGCCGAGCAGUCAGAUCCCCGUGAGCAGUUGGCUUAUUUCCUGGGCCCGGACUGGCAGGUGGACAUCACCGAGCUGGUCCGCUACUUCCUGAAAGUGGAGGACCCGCGGAUCGCCAGACUGCAGGCUGGAAGAAUACUAGCUGGUCGUGACGUUGGAGUGACCACUAUCCAGGUGCUGUCCCCUCUGUCAGACUCCAUCCUGGCGGAGAAGACGGUGACCGUGCUGGAUGACAAGGUGGCCAUCACAGAGCUGGGGGUGCAGCUGGUCACAGGGCUCUCCCUCUCCCUCCAGCUCAGUCCAGGAAGUAACAGGGCCAUCAUCGCCACGGCAACCACACAGGAGCUACUGCACAGCCCUAAACAGGAGGCUCAGAUCAGCUCUUGGAUCCAGUUCAGCGAUGGCUCCAUGUCGCCUCUGGACAUCUACGACUCCAGCUACUACAUGCUGUCUGUGACGUCACUAGAUGAAGCGGUGGUGUCCGUGCGGCAGGACCCUUCGGAGCGAUUUCCCGUGGUGCUGGCGGAAGGAGAGGGCCAGGGGGCUGCGGUCAAGGUGGAAAUGGUUAUCAGCGAGGUCUGUCAGAAGUCCAAAAGGAAGAGUACCUUGGCGGUAGGUAGCGGAAGCGUCAGGGUGAGCUUCCACCCCAGCGCCAGGGGAAACAAAGAGGACCGCAGCAGUGACUAUGGCAACGACGGGGAAGAGCUCGAGAACAGGAAGAACGCGCGCAAACAGAUGACGCCCUCACAGGGCAUGACGGGUACAGACGGGCGCUUCUACGGGAGUUCCCUGUCGGAUCGGGAGGAAAGUGCCAUGAGGAAAAUAACCACAACGGCUAAGUCGGUCGUUAGGGAUGUUGCCAUGGGAAGCAUCUCCAGUGGUGCUGGAUGGGAUCACAGUAACAUAAUUGGCUACACAAACUUCCCUUCACAAGUGGAUGUUCCCAGAAACAAUGGGGCAGAGGUGGAGAGCGACCUAGCUCAAACACCCCGCUCUUUGACAGACCUGGAGAUUGGGAUGUACGCGCUGCUGGGUGUCUUCUGCCUGGCCAUCCUCGUCUUUCUCCUGAACUGUGUGUCCUAUGUCCUGAAGUUCAGACGCAAGCAGGCCCCGGUGCAAGGCCAGGACACCGUGAGCCACAUGCACGACUGGGUGUGGCUGGGGACAGACGCUGAGCUGGUAAUGAACAUGCCAGGCACCCCAUCCCAGCAUGAGAAACAUAACACCACCGUCAUAGACAUUGGGCUUGGCCUGGAAAAUGGAGCCAACCUUGUGAGUGGGGCAGUCCAACAAACUGACCCAAUGUGUGGGUCCAUGCAAUCCAUUAGAGCAAAACACAAGAAUGAAUCCCUCAACUCCCCUACUACAAAGAGAAAGAGAGUUAAGUUCACCACCUUCACCUCCAUUUCCUUAGACAACCGCCUCCCCUCCACUGACUCCGCUCUGAAGGACCAUGAGAUGGACAUUAAGUGGGUUGGGCAGGAGGAGAACUGUGUGGAAUCCAAAGUAGUUAAUGGAGAGCUUCUGGACCAUUUAUGAUGGAAUUUUAACUGGGGUUGGAUGCAUUUCUGUUCACCUUUAUGCCUUCUGUUAUUGGUAAGGGAUGGUAAUGCUUUUAUUACAGCACUCCCUGUGUAUUUUUGCCCUGUAUGGGGCUUUAAGAGCAGAGCUCUAGAAAUUAGUCUGCCGUUGUGUUUAGUGGCAUUCCAGGCUUUUUUUAAAACACUUCGAUCAAGCACAGGGGUGGGCCAAGUAAGGAAAUAACUUAAACUCACAAAGUGCACAUAAUACAUGACAAUAUCUGUCACUGUCUCAGUGAAACCCUCCUUGACGUGUACGAAUGCAAACCACGGCUGGAGGCCCAUAAUCAAAAGCCACUUUGAAUUGCUCAACUUCAAUGAAAUUCAAGAUGCACAUCCAUAAAUAUGAGCAAAACAGCAUAUUCAGAUGAACUGAGAGGCUCCCCGUUUGAAGUGAACUCCAUUAAAAAUGGGCAUCUGCAGGUUGUGUACAGACUUAUAUAGAAUCUUUCAUGUGGGUUUAGUUUCUUGGUGUCUUAUUGAUAGUAUGGGAAUUUUUCCCCUUCACAGCUGCUCAGAACUGAACAUGCAUACUGUAUAUGCACUGAAAUGUGUAGAAACCCAAUUUGCAUUCAUCACCUGCAUGCCACUGUUCUCAAAUCUGAGAAACACGUAUUUGACAAAAAAGGGAUGAUUUUAUAUAUGUGUGUGUAUAUAUAUGCUGUGUAUAGUGUAUAAACAUUAAUUUAAACUUCAAUCUUUUUUUCUAUCUGUACUGUUUUCUGUUGUUUUUUUUAAAAGUCAAAAUAAUAGCUAAUUUCAACUGUCUACCUGAUCAUUAAAUAUUUUCAUACUAUGGUGUAAAUUUUUUAAAAAUGUAACAUUAAGAACACUCAGAAGGACAUGAGCACUAAAAUUUAGAUUUUGCCAUUUAUGCUUUUCUUUUAUGUUAUCAUAAGAGCUAGGAAAAAUGCUCUUUUUCUUGUUUUUCCACUAAAAAUAUUGAAAAGUAAUGUUUUAUGUACUAAAAAAAUUAAAUAGAUUGUCACAUAAACUUUACCUUUGAUUGCAAACUUAAGAACAUUAACAUGAGUGAACUUGUCUACCAAGAAAGAGUGAAAUUUAAAGUACUGAAAUGUUUGAUUAUUAAAGAUUAUAUAGAAAACAGAAAAAAGCAGACAUGCUAUGUGGUUUUGUGUGCAUACAACGGCUUUAAUCUGCUGAUAACUCUUAACCCUUGAUAGCUAAGUAUGUUUAGAAACAAUGAGAUGGCCUAGAAAAAGAGCUUUGCAUCUAAGUUUUAACUAUAGUUACAGUAUGUAGAUGUUGUAUCUAUGGAUUUCACUUUUUGAAGUUACA